AUGAUGCAGACUUUGAAUCCUUACCCUUCAACCUCAAAAACAGCUGAGAUCAUGGCUAGAUACAGGCCUAUAGCACCAAAACCAGAGGUGCCAACAAGUCCUGUUUCUGAAAAUAAUCCUAGUGGCUUGCCAGCAAAUAUUAACAAAUCUCCUUUCUUGAGGAAUGUAUGGCCUCACUUGCAAGCAAGGCCUACAAGAACUAGGAAAAGAGGAAGAACUGCCCUUGGUCCCCCUACUAUGAAGAGAGCCAGGACUAAUUACCUUCCUGCAGGCCAAUUUCCUCAUUAUCAGGUAAUGGCUGCUUCACCUGCCCAUAGACCAAAUGUGAUUCCCCAGUUCUCUAUAAUCCCAAAUCUUGUCCCUCUUAAAUGUGGCUUGGGUACCCCUGUCACAACUCCAGCAAAUUCAAUAGCACUCCCUCUUCUUUCUUGUACUACAACAACUCUUCCUCUGCUAGUGGAGAAAAACUCAGGAGAGGAAAGAGGGAUAGAUUUGAACUUAGCAGCUGAUGUACCUGAAGAAUUAGAUUUCAUGCCACAAUUAAUGCAAGGAUCUACUAGUCCUAAGAGCCCUGGUGUUAUCACUCCGCGGCCAGUGCGGCCAGUUGGGUCAAGUAUUUCAAUUGGGUGUAUUAAUGAGGAGGCUCCAGAUGGUGGAACUAACAAGAAAUGUGUGAAAAAACCAGAGGAAGUGGAGGAAGAAGUUGAAGCAGAGGCCUUGCCAGCUGUUAUAUCAGACUCGAAUAACAAAGUAAGGUUAACAAAUUCAGCAUAUAAAGAAAUGGUGGGUCAACCUGAAUGUUGUUGGCUGGAUUACAUGAGUGGCAAUGCAUGCAAGAGAAUUGGUGGGGAAGUGAUGCUUGAGUUCUUGGAUUCAAAAAGUGUGCCAAUGUCAUCGGAUGGAUUUACUUGUUGGGUAAAGAUAGAAUGGGGAGCUGACAAAGGGAAAAAGAAUUCUGUUAAAGCUUUUUGCAAUGCUGUGAGGUUAGCUUGCCAGUCUAAGGAUUAUGUCUUUGAGUGGAGGUUCCAUACUACAGAUGAUGAUGCUCCUGAAUCUGCUUCCAGUAUUUAA